ACAACGACCCUCAGAUAUUUGCGGACGAUAUAAUAAAUAGCUUGACUGAACAAUUCGAAGGCUUCACCAUUUUAUUUUUGAACUCAGUGGACGUCGUCCUUUAUGCCGUCCUUUUUAUUUUUGAACUCAGUGGAUGUUGUCCUUUAUGCCAUCCUUUUUAUUUUUUUUUUGAAUACUCAUGGACAUUAUAACACGCGAGAAGGCGAUCUGCAUGCUCUAUUGCAAACCAUACAGCAAGGAUCGUGCUAAAGAGCUUAUAAGUGGAAUUGAAAAAAUUGGUCUUGAUGUUUGUUACAGAGACGAUCCAACAGAACCUUUUUUGUACCCAUCUGUAAAUUUUUCUCAUUCUGGACAUCAUCAGUAUCCAGCUUUGUUCAAGGAAAGCAAACAAAAGCAAUAAACGUUACUUAAGGAGAGU